GUGAAUUCUAACACAUCUGUGAAGUACUUAGACUUCAGCAGAUGCAGACACUCAGAGUCACUGGCUGUCCACGCACUGAACGAUGUCAAGGCAACAACACCUACGUGUCUGACUCCAUCUGCACUGUGACCGGCCCUACUGUCAUAGACUUUCUCAGCCAAGUGAACUCUGUCCCGGAUCGGUGUGCGUACUCUCUACUGUCGGGUCCGUCUGUCCCAGGCUUCCAUGUGCUUGGGAACUUUCGGGAACGUCGACGUAAAGAUGUGAGCUUUGUGGACAGUGUGACACUGCAACUAGACGGGCCGGGUGUUCAAAUUCAAGUGGACCAAGACGGGAGAGUUUGGCUGGACAACACAAUGUUGACCCUUAACAGCACAGCUCAGCUGGUUCACGGUGUGGAGCUCUCUAAGGAUCAAACCGGAGUCACUGCAAAGGUGGUGCUCUCUAACAAGGUGCUGCUUGUCUUCUUUGAUGGCAACACGGCACAGAUCCACUUAAAAGGUGGAAAAGAUCCGUCUCUGCAGGGUUUGUGUGCCAACUCCAGUGUUCCUUUGAGCUCAGUGAGGCUCCCUGCUGCUUACAGUGCCAGUGGCUGUGAAGUGCAUUACUGUGACUCUGCUGACAGUUCGAUCAACUGCACCAUGAUGACUGAACGCUGUAAUCUCCUGAAUGAGGCUCCCUUCACCGCCUGUCACAACUACACCAACCCAGAGCCCUACAUAACCGCCUGCACCGACACUAUGUGCAAUUAUCCUCCGGCAGACGGUCUACACUGCCAGUUCCUGGAGGCCUACGCCAGAGCCUGCAGCCUGUACAGCUCCAACACACUGGAGGACUUGAUGUCAGAGGCCGGCUGCU